CACACAGUUUCGUCACCGAUGUUUCCAGUUUGUGCGUCGAAAGGGUCGCUCGUGUGACGAUUGUGACUCACGGCGCGCCGGCUUCGUUCUGUGAGAGUGCGUUAUGAGCCAAAUCAACGUUCCAACUUCGCUGGUGUUCGCCUGCUAAAGUACCGUUUCAGCACCUCCGCGUGUUUCAGCGGUGGGCCGUCGUAUAAUCUUGCGGAUAGCGGAGAGCUCCUUACCGGCCCCGCUGCUGCGGCUUGUGGAAGUACGGAUAUACGAGUGUUAUCGCGUGGGGCGGAGGUUCCUGUAAACACGCCGAGCCGUCCGAUACCUUUGCCGCUGGCAACGCAGCGACUGAUUCGCUUGCACCAUGUCGACUUGGAAAGCAGCGGUCGGCACCGAUCUGAAAGUACAGUCUCAAGCACCCGACGACGACUGGGAAACCGACCCGGAUUUUGUGAACGAUGUGACCGAAGAGGAACAACGCUGGGGUUCCAAAACUGUCGAAGGCUCCGGACAUGUUGCCGAUGCUGUCAAUAUUGCCGAACUCCGAGAACAGGUAGCCAAGGAUGAUGCGGCCUACAAAAAGCGUGUGCUUGAAGAACUGCCCAAGGCCUCCUACGGCUACGGCGGCAAGUUUGGUGUCCAGAAUGAUAGGAUGGACAAGUCGGCCGUCGGGAAUGAUUACAUCGCGUCACUGCACAAGCACGCCUCUCAGACAGAUGCUGUCAAAGGCUUUGGCGGGAAGUUUGGCGUGCAGAAAGAUCGCCAAGACAAGUGUGCCGUAGGCUGGGAACACCAUGAAUCGGUCGAGAAGCACGCUUCGCAGAAAGACUACAGUACCGGAUUUGGUGGCAAGUUUGGCGUCCAGAAGGAACGCCAGGACAAGUCUGCUGUUGGCUGGGAGUUUCACGAGAAAACACAGAAGCACGCAUCACAAACUGACUAUGCCAUCGGCUUUGGAGGCAAGUUCGGGGUUCAGAGUGACCGGCAGGACACGUCUGCCGUUGGCUGGAACCACAUUGAGAAGGUGGAGAAGCACGAAUCGCAGAAAGAUUAUUCCAAGGGAUUCGGUGGCAAGUUUGGCAUAGAGAAGGACAAACAGGACAAGUGUGCCCACACAUUCGCCGAAGUCGAGAAGCCCAAGCCAGCGUACCAGAAACCAAGGCCCGACAUCGAGGUGACCUCGGAGCGAGCCAAGAGCCUGCGUUCGCGGUUCGAGAACAUGGCCAAGGCUGGGGAGGAGGAGGCACGCAAGCUCGCCGAAGAGGAGCGCAAGCGGAGGCUUCAGAAGGACCAGGCAGAGAAGGAGGCAGCCAAGAAGGCCGAGGAGGAGAGGCAGAAGCGUCUUCGAGACGAGCACAAGCGGAUCGACCAGCUCCAGGAGCAGCUCAAGGCGGCUGAGGACCGAGACGAGGAGGUUUCGGAGCGCAAGCCACGUUCGGACAGUGCCGGAAGCCAGCCCGACGAGUCGGAGCUGAUUCGGCCUGGCACACGGAAGAACCACUCGCGGGUCUCCGUCAUCCCGCGGGAACUAGUCGUGCCGACGAAGCAGGUGGCCAGUCCCGAUGUCUCCCCAACACAAGAGACCGAACCGCUGCCUCAGGUGAAGGACACAGCUCCCGCGGCCGCGGUACCCGCAACUCCCGCAUCCGUGGUUGCGGCGUCUGCAGAAGUUGAAGAAGCACCGGCACCCUGCGCAGCGCGGGUUGCAGCGGAAGAGCCGGAGCCAGAAGUUGUUGAGGAGGCCCCCAAGAAGAUUGUGCCGCAGAUUCACCACUCGCCGGUGGAGUCCGAGUCGAGCCCCGAUUCGGGGCCUGGUGAGUCACUGGAAGAAGGGAUCUAUGAGCAUUUGGAGCCAGUGUCGACUGAGAAGAAAAUGUCGGCCGUCGCAUUGUACGACUACCAAGCUGCUGACUAUGAUGAGAUAUCCUUCGACCCCGAUGAUAUCAUCACAGACAUUGAAACGAUUGACGAGGGCUGGUGGCGUGGAAAGUGUAAUGGAAAAGUUGGCCUCUUUCCUGCAAACUACGUUCAACCUCUUUACUGAAGCUUUGCGUUUUGAGGUGAGCUCAUCUGUGAACUGCGGUUGUGCCACUGCCCAUAGCAGAGAUGGCGUGGGUUCUUCUGCAACUUGCUCAAUGGCAGUCUUCUUCAGGAGCCCAGCUUUGACCUCGUCUGCACAAACAAGACCUCAGCGUUCGGUCGCAGCUCAUUGACGGCACCUUUCCCGAACGACCCUUGGUGGUGGCGUUUUUGCCAUCUCCCACUGAUUGUCCCUUCGUCAAGCUAUCACUUAUAAUAGCGAAUUGAUCAAGUGUUGGCAGGGAAGUAGGUUGAGUAGUGUAUCGUUUCGGCCAUUUAUGUCGAAGGCUCCCUUUCCUGGCGUGUUGCCUUUAUUGAAAAGACUUGAUUGAGACCAGGUCACAGGUUUCAUGUGGGACAGGCACACCUUGUCAUUUUACUGCAGGUGGUGGUGAUUUAUAUAAUUUGAAUCUGUGGCAUAUCGCCGUGUAUACGCAAAGUUGCAUACACGGCAUGAUAGGCCAAUACCUUGUCAUUUUACUGCAGGCCGUGGUGAUCCAAUACAAUUUCAACCUGUGGCGUAUCGCCGUGUAUGGCCAAAAUGAAUUGUGUGUCAUAUGAUGGUCAUAAUGCACGUAGCAGAGCACCAAUUGACAACUUUUGUACUUCAUAACAUCAGAAUUUUAGGUUGCUGUUUGUGUGACUACAUUAUCGCAGUUUUCACGAUUACAAAACACUGGAGAUGUGAAUGGCAUUAUUAUGCUGGUGGUGACACCUCGUGGUGAUUUGUUCAUGUGGAAAGUGUCGUAAAUGUGCCGUCUUCUGCCGACAUUUUUUUCUAAAGAAAGUAGUCAUUGCAGUUUUAUUAUCGGGCUAUUGUUGCCUUUACAUCAGCAGAGCCUGUUUUGCAAUAAUAAUUACGCAUGUUUUCGUUGAAACCAAUGUCACCAGGUGGCACUGCCAUUGCAGCCAUUCGCAUAGCCUAAGUUGUUAUUUAUGGAAUAGUAGAAAUGUUAUUCUGUAGAUAGCAUCUUUUUCUAAUUCCGUGAGAUGUAGUACAUUUAUGAGGAAGCUAAAACUAAUCAGCUAUUCAUAGCAGAAGCAGAUUUGCAUGAAUGGUUUUAUUUCUCCUGUUUACUGACUCAGUGUAAGCUUUGAGAUUUCGUUCUGGAAGAUUUACGAUGUAUGCAUUUAUGUGUCGUGGGGUGUCCUUGGGACAAAUUUGAACGUCGCACGUGCCACUGGUACUUGCACACCAUCGAAAAGUAGUGAAAGAUGGAUGUCAUCCUUUUCAACAAUGGACGUUGAUGUUAGAGUAGCAGGAAGUUGCUUUCUUUGAGCUUGUCUGCCAUCGACAGCCGUUAAAGACUAUGUCGCCAAGAGCAUGUGCAGCUUUGAAUUAUGUGACUGACCCCAAUCUUCUUUCUUUCAUUGAGCCAGCAAUUUAUGGAAUUUAGCCAUUUUGUAUGCGUACUGUUGCGAGAUAUUAUUUGAUUUGUGGAGGUCUUUACUGUACUUCUAGAAGUAGUGAUUUCUUCUUUUCAUAGUUGUGAUAAUGAUUGUGAAAGCAGCGAAAGAUGGUUUUGCUCCUUUGGAUUUUUGUUGUUGUAACAUAAUGGACUAUAAUUGCUUUUAUUUUACAGUCUUUGGGUUAUCAACUUUGUCCAGUCCUGUUUCUGGAAUCCUAUAAUCAAUAUAUUUUGAAACUAUAUUUGUGAAAUUUUAGAAACUGUGUCAUGGGUCCAGUUUUGUGGGAUUAAAUCACCUGCAUCUCAUUGGGAUUGCUAUUCAAGGAAAUAACUAAGUUUGAUAAAUGCUUUACAAAGAUAUUUUUGUUCUUCCUUCUUGCUUUUUAGAAGGCUUGUUGUAUUUGUGAUGCCUUCUAUUUACUUUUUGUAAUUUAAUUACCUAACUCAUUCCAGCUCCUGGUCUACUUAAUUCAUAUGCCAUGCACGUGUAGUUAGAAAUGUUAAUUAGAGAUUCCUGAGGUGGUGCCAAGUUUCUUUCACAUGGUAUAAUAUAGUGUGUCAUAAUGAUCCAUAGGGAAGAUUACGACACAAAGCACAUAUAACUGGCAGAUGUUAGGUAUUUAUAAACUUUUUUCUCUUGCUGGCUUCCAGUGCACAUGUGCGUAAUGUAGAGAAAGUAUUUCAGGGUCAAUGCACUACGAGACGUCAGUUUACGAGCAAUCUGUUGACGGCACCCAGCAAUUUUCGUUCUGCACUGACACUAUUAACAGGGCUACGUGGUUUGUACGAUUACAUGGAUUUUGCAAUAAACAAUCAUAUUGUUUUUAUACAAA